GCUGAGCCAACAGUGGCCCAGGUGACCAAGAAGGCCAACAGCAUCCAGGCUUGGAUCAGAAACAGCAUGGCCAGCAGGAGCAGGGCAGGGAUCGUCUGCCUGGACUCGACAUUGUCCUGAUGCCACGUUCCCAUAUGCAGUGUAUGGCUACUGAGGAACUGCAAGGCAGCAGUGUGAGGGGAUGUCCCAUGAGUUGGACGGGCAAGUGCAGCUGCAGGGCCCAACCAGGUUCCGAAGAGCUUUCUUCUGCUGUCCUGUCAUCAUGCUGUGUGUCUUCAUGUGAUAGUCUGUAAAACCAGGAUCCUUUGGGAAUUGUUAGCACUUUGAGAUACAACAAUGGUGGUGCAUAUGCUGCUCAGGUGGAUUCUAAAAGGAUUUAUUCUGUCUUUUCUGCUCAAAACUGCUCUACCCCUGAACCCAGAUGAUCCGAAUGUUUGUAGUCAUUGGGAAAGCUACGCUGUGACAGUACAGGAAUCUUACGCUCACCCAUUUGAUCAGAUCUAUUAUACAAGAUGUACUGACAUACUGAACUGGUUCAAGUGCACUCGACACAGAAUAAGUUAUAAAACAGCAUAUCGAAGAGGACUAAGAACGAUGUAUCGGCGAAGAUCUCAGUGCUGCCCUGGAUAUUAUGAAAGCGGAGACUACUGUAUACCGCUCUGCACAGAGGAGUGUGUGCAUGGAAGGUGUGUCUCUCCUGACACGUGUCACUGCGAACCAGGAUGGGGAGGUACUGACUGCUCUAGUGGAAGGGCCACCUCUGAAGGGCUGGGGGAGCACAGCACCGCACCGGCAGAGACUAGUGGGAACAGCAACAACAACAGUUGCGAUAGCGAUCACUGGGGACCCCACUGCAGCAACCGCUGCCAGUGCCAGAACGAAGCGCUCUGCAACCCCAUCACGGGCGCCUGCGUCUGCGCGGAUGGGUACCGAGGCUGGCGCUGCGAAGAGCUCUGUGACCCUGGGAGCUACGGCAAGGGCUGCCAGUUUAAAUGCCAAUGUCACAACGGAGCUACCUGCGACCAUAAAACAGGAGAAUGUCACUGCGCUCCUGGAUACACAGGGGUAUUUUGCGAGGAGCGCUGUCCCCCAGGCAGUCACGGAGCUCAGUGUGAAUUGCGAUGCCCUUGCCAGAACGGUGGAGUCUGCCAUCACAUCACUGGAGAGUGCUCCUGUCCUUCUGGAUGGACGGGGCUGGUGUGUGCACAGCCGUGUCCUCCUGGAACAUUCGGGAUUAACUGCAGCCAGGAAUGCCCAUGCCACAAUGGAGGACACUGUGAUCCUGUGACAGGGAAAUGCAUCUGUUCAGCUGGCUAUAUAGGAGACAGGUGUCAAGAAGAGUGUCCUAUCGGGACAUAUGGCUUUCAGUGCACACAAAGAUGUGACUGCCAAAAUGGUGCAAAGUGUUAUCAUGUGAAUGGAGCGUGUAUGUGUGACCCUGGAUUUAAAGGGAUUUAUUGCCAAGAAAGAAUGUGUCCCGAAGGGUUUUAUGGCCUCAAAUGCAACAAGAGGUGUCCUUGCAACACUACCAACACUCUCAGCUGUCAUCCCUUGUCUGGAGAAUGUAGCUGCAAAGCGGGCUGGGCUGGACUCUACUGCAAUGAAACCUGUCCCCUUGGAUACUACGGCGAAGGCUGCCAGCUGACCUGCCCUUGCCAGAACGGUGCAGAUUGUGACAGCAUCACAGGGAAGUGUACGUGUGCACCGGGAUAUAUGGGAGAUGACUGCACCAUUACCUGCAUGGCAGGAACCUACGGAACCAAUUGCUCAUCAGUUUGUAAUUGCAGAAAUGAUGGUGCAUGUUCCCCUGUGGAUGGUCUGUGCUAUUGCAAAGAAGGAUGGCAAGGAGUGGAUUGCUCUAUUCCAUGUUCAAGCGGAAGCUGGGGUCUUAACUGUAACCAGACAUGUUAUUGCACAAACGGAGCAGCCUGCAGGCCAGCUGACGGCUUUUGUCUCUGCUCCCCUGGUUGGCAAGGGGAAUACUGUGACCAGCCAUGUCCUGAUGGAACAUAUGGUCUUAAUUGCAGUGAACGCUGUGACUGUAGCCAUGCAGAUGGGUGCGAUCCUAUCACCGGUUACUGCUGCUGUCUCGCAGGCUGGACAGGCAUCCACUGUGACAAUACAUGCACCCAGGGCCGCUGGGGACCAAACUGCUCCAUCUCCUGCAACUGUGAGAACGGGGGAUCCUGCUCGCCAGAGGAUGGCACCUGUGACUGUGCACCAGGAUACAGAGGACCCUUGUGCCAGAGAAUUUGUCCCCCCGGCUUUUACGGACACCACUGCAGUCAGCCAUGCCCUCAGUGUGUGCACAGCAAUGGGCCUUGUCACCACGUGUCAGGACAUUGCGACUGCUUGCCUGGAUUCUUUGGUGCUCUCUGCAACCAAGUCUGUCCCAGUGGAAAAUACGGGAAGGACUGUGCUGAGGAGUGUCAGUGCACCGAGAAUGGGACCUGCAAUCCGAUCGAUGGAUCUUGUCAGUGUUUUCCAGGCUGGAUAGGGACAGACUGCUCUCAGACUUGUCCCACGGGUUUUUGGGGCCCUGAUUGUUUUCAUUCAUGCAACUGCCACAACGGAGCAAUGUGCAGCCCUUACGACGGAGAAUGCCGAUGCACUCAUGGUUGGACGGGGCUCUACUGCACUCAGCGUUGCCCGGCUGCUUUUUAUGGAAAAAACUGUGCCAAUGUUUGUCAGUGUCAGAACGGGGCGGACUGUGACCACAUCACUGGGCAGUGCACGUGCAGGACUGGAUUUACAGGCAAACAAUGUGAGCAAAAAUGCUCACCAGGAACGUUUGGUUAUGGUUGCAAACAACUAUGUGAAUGCAUGAAUAAUGCUACAUGCGACCACGUCACAGGUACCUGCAAUUGCAGUCCAGGCUUCAAAGGAAUCCGAUGUGAUCAAGCGGCUCUUAUGAUGGAAGAAUUAAACCCCUAUACUAAAAUUAGCCCUGCUCUUGGAUCAGAGAGACACUCAGUGGGAGCAAUCAUUGGAAUUAUUAUUCUCCUUCUAAUUAUUAUGGUCUUGCUGGCACUGUUUGUGUGGUAUCGACGGAAGCAGAAGGAGAAGGGCCACGACAUGCCAAGUGUAUCUUACACUCCAGCCAUGAGGAUGACUAAUACAGAUUACUCACUUUCUGAUAUAUCUCAAGGUAGCGGCAGUGUACAUUGUUUUUCCAAUCCAAGCUACCACACUCUCUCAUGUGGUGUGACUUCACGCUUCUUUACAAGUAAUCUGGAUGGAAACAGCUCCAGUAAGCUCAGUAACAAAAUCCUUGACAGAGAAACUGCAGACUGGAGACCCUACAGCUAUCUGAAUGAACUAGGUGCUUGUGGGAUGGAUAGACGUCAGAACACAUACAUAAUGGAAAAAAGCUUCAAAGAUUAUAUGAAAGAAUCUGUGUGCAGCUCCAGCACUUGUUCCCUGAACAGCAGUGAAAACCCAUACGCUACCAUUAAAGACCCCCCCAUUUUAACAUGCAAACACUCCGAGAGCAGCUACGUGGAAAUGAAAUCGCCUAGUCACAGGGAGUCCUCAUAUUCAGAAAUGCCAACUUCAGCGAUGGCAAAUAAAAACAUCUACGAAGUUGAGCCCACUGUCAGCGUGGUCCAAGAUGCCCGCGGUCGGAGUGCCAGUUACCUCCACAAUCCAUACGACCUGCCUAGGAACAGUCACAUUCCUAGUCACUACGACCUCCUCCCAGUAAGGCACAGCCCGACACACGGGCCAUCUUGGGACAAGCAGUCUUAAAGGGAUGGACUUCCCUGGUGCACUGUGCUGCAAACACGAACUUUAAGGAAGCAAAAGAGAAGACAAUCUUUUUCUGCCCUGCAAGAUGCUGACGGGACUUCAGACUGUCUUACGCAAGGACGUAACACAACAUCAGCUUGGGCCAGCUGCUGCUGCAUGAUGUUAUUUAUAAAGACAUUUUUAUAUGGUUAACGGGAACUAACGGGAACCUCUUCCACAUGUGACUGGAGUACAUUGCCCCAGGAAGGUGCCUACAUGCUCCAGGCAAAAGCUCUCCAUGGCGUGUUGUCUAACCCAGGCUUUGCUGUAAGAUAAAACACAAAACUAUGCUAUGUAGAAGGACUUAGAGAUGUACAUUUCUACCAGCUGCAUCAAGAAACCUUUUACUGUUAGGAACAAGGUGACUAGGAAUACGCUGGAAUGUAUUUCACAUCUUUAUCACAGAGAUGGACAUUUUUCUGAACAGAAGCAGGGAAACUUGUCAUUUCACUGUCUGGAAACCCUCAUUUACUGCCAUCACCAUGUGCAACCUGUUCAGAUCAUGGUAAUUAGCACAGAGAUAUUCAUCUUUAUGUUGAGUACCAGGGUAUUUGAGUAGAGGAAUAGUAACACAGACACAUUCUGUGCCGUUUUUAAAUCUUAACAUCUUGGCAGAUUUCCACCAAUCUUUGCUAAUGACUUGAGUUUCAACAAUGAGUCUCAUACCCAGCUUACCAUACUUUUAACAAGCUAAAAUACUUGGAUUGGCAGAGAUAGGCUUUACUUUUCCUUCUACAGCUUCAAUUUUGUUGGAUAAACCCACCAGAUUUGUCAGGCGGUGUAAACUGAUGCCCCUUCACUUGCUGCCCUGGGAUGCUGCCGGUUUGCACAGCCGAACCCUGGUUUGGUUUCCUUUCCUAAAGCCAAGGCACAUCGACUUCUCUAGACCAUCUUUACAAACUCAUCACGACUCACUCAACAGCAUGCCGUUCACCACACCCUUUAAUUUGAUGUGCAUUACCAUGUAGUGCAACUUUAUCCAUUGAUGAUUCUAUCUGAAAUGUCAUUAAAUUGAGCUGAAACUGGGUUUUCUUUUUCAGCAGCAUUUUCUGAAGUACUUAUCAAGGGGUUGUCCCCUGGGAAAGUUUUGGACUAAGCCACCAUGUUGUUUAUUUUUUUUUUGUAAUCUUUAUUGACCUAGAAAGUAGAAUACUUGCUGUUAAGCAGUUCCUUGUAGAUUUUGAGCAUGAAAUAGUAUUGAUUCUAGUAUGUAAUUUUAUUAGGCAGAUGUGGAAGUAGCAAGUUGAUUGCCUCUUAAAUAUAAAAUAAUCUGUUGCACAUUCACCAGUCUGAUGGAAGUGGAGAAGAACAAAACCAGCACCCAUCAGUUUGCUCGAAGCAUGGUCGCUCGCAUAACCUGCUCGUCUAGGGGACUGGUAAGAGGAGCCUUCCAGCUCAAGGGAGUGGCUUGAUCCUGGCUCUGAGUCCGACCAAGCAUCGGAUCACUUGGAGCACCCUGGUGGGGCCCAGCUCGUGCCUUGCAGAUUGAAGCUCUCAGCAUGGGAGCACUGAGCCGCUGGCAGCCUGCCUGGCACCCUGUGCUCACUGCCGCAACCCCCUGGAAUCAGAGCCCUGGCGACAUGCUGCUGGAGGAGCUGGGAUCAUGCCAGGUGGUCAGGAUGGCUCUGAACCCCUCUGUGUAAACCCAGAGACAGCCAAGCUGAGAUGCUCCAGGCUUCCAGAGCAACAGAUUUUCAUUUUGCAGGAUAACACAUAAAUAGUUACACGAAUGCUGCAUGUGUGCAUGGGGGCAAUGACCGAUCAGCAAUAGUCAUUUUAUUUUCCAGGAAAGCCUUAGUUGAGCUGUAAGUAGACAAUUAUUUCAUAGGGCCAGUAGAAAUCUAUUUUAUGUACAUGAAUAGAAAGACUUACCUCAACAGACAUCAAGAGAAGGGCAGUUGGAUAAGGAACACUAUUGUUCAAGACCCACCUUGACACAGAGCACAAGCAGUCUCAGCUGCCAGCCUGACCGAUGUUUGUGUGUGUUGCUGUGAAGUUUGCGAUGAGACUCCAGAGAGCAGAGGUGUGCUCAAGUGGUUUUUUUUUUUUUUCAAAACUGGAUUUUCAAACCAAACACAAGGAUGUGCUUCAAGCUUAAGAGGAAAAAAACAAACCCAACAACAACAAAAAAAAGUUCCUUCUUGUAUAUUCGCAUUAGCUUAGCAAAUAGACACCACAAUGGCAAUACUUUUUUAAGGCAAGACAGAUUUGUAAUAUAUUUGUUCACUGUGCAGAGGUAUUCUACCUUGUACAAAAUAAAUGGAAUUUCUCUCAGUGUGUAUUUCUCAAACAUACUCAUUUGCAGACUAACCUCCCAGCCCAUGUUCAGGUCCAUGUACUCCAGGCGCUGGGGCUGGGCACAAAGGGGCUCACUCAUCAACGAAAAAAAUCCCCAGGCGUCAGGCUAACAGGCCAACAGGCCAGAAGUUGCAAGAUUUCUCAGAAAACACAAAGUUGCAAUCCAGACUGUGAUUUGGAGUUAACUUCAAGGAACACCCAGCUUCAAAACCAAAUGUAGCUGGCACUGCAGGGAUCUCUCACAAUUCCUUAGCAGUUUCACCUUGGCUGGUCUGAGCGAGAGCCCCGGGUGAUGGACAAACCCAGCCCGAUAAGCUACACGCCCAUAGGGAGCAGCGCGGGGCAAGCGCCAACACCAGGCCUCUCUCUGCUUUUCAUGUGAUGCAUUGCAGUGCGCACCGUGACAGCUCUUGGUGAUGCCAGCGGGUGGCUGUGCCUUCAGGUGGGCACCGGAGGAUACAGGCCAGCACCACUUCCCUGCUGCACUCAGUAGCAAUGAGAGUGGGUCUCAGCGGGUUUGACAAAACUCCCAGGGAGCCUCAUCAGUAAAUCACAAGCACAGAUUUGCAACAGAAACCAUCAGAAUUAGUGCCUCCCAGGCACCGCUGUGGACUGCUAUGUGUUGAAGCUUUUUCAAUAUUUGUGCUUUCUAUUUCUAAAAAUCUUGUUCACUAAAGCCCAGCGUGUAAUCUUCUUAGUUGACAAGGCACACUCAAUAAGCUAUUUAAGUACGGAAAUUCAUCAGGUUUGAACUGAUAGCGUAAGUAAUUCUAGCUUAAUAAAAACAUCUUUAAAUCAGAAUGAUUCCAUGUCCUUUCUGCUGAAGAGUCAGAAUCGCAGUUCCCAUCAAACACAAGAACCACCGGUCCUUACUGAAGAGCUUCAUAAAUGUUCAGGCUGGGACUUUCAAAUAUGUAAAUGAUAGCAGAAGCUUUUGGCAAGUAGAGCCAAUUGUGCAGAGUUAUACAGAGUUCCCAGAAACUCAGAAAGCUCGUUCCAGGGCCCAAAAGCAGUGUCUGUUAUAACCAGUUGUCUUCACUUAGCAGAGAAGACUUCAGUCCAGAAGUAACACCAACUACAGAGAAGAGUGAAAAAUCAGCAGCUGAACAGGAACACCACGCCCCAGGUCAGUGUUCAGACGGAAUAAAGCGCUUUGGGAGAAGCAGUGCGAGACAGUGUGAAGUACCUUGUUCCAGGAGCGUCACCCACCCAAGGCCAGCCAGGUUCACUGCGACAGCUGAGUCAGGGAAAAGCCGUACAAAGCCACAGAACAAAAGGCAGAGGCUUGAAUAGGUAAGAAGUUACAGCUCUUGUACAUGCACCAUUUGGUUUUGCUUUACACAUCAGCAGCUUCUGAAAGCUUUACCAACUAUUGCAUGAAAAUUGUACAUUCUAUGAUACAGCAGUUCCUAAGUACAAAACCAGUUUUCGGACAGCGUUUCUAGUGCCUGCUUUAUGAUUAACUUUAAAAGUUCUGGUGGGAAGAUAAAUAUGAGAGUUCUUACUUUGUCUACUAGCAUACGCAGCCAUCCCACAGCUGCUCAGGACUUUGUUGUGAGCUGAAGGAUGAAGCUCGUGCACACACACAAACGCGGGACAAGGCAGAGGUAGCCUCAGCCUCUGCUGGCGGUUUGGGCUCCUGCAGAUUUCAUUGCAUUUGUAUUCAACUGCAAAAGGAAGCAUCUCACAUAAACCCAUGGGAAAUCCAAACCUGAUGUGACGGCUGACAUGAGCUGUGCCUGCUUACAUGAAUUGGGAAAGGAAGCAAAGUGAAAAUCAUCCUCCAUCCUGACUUAGUUAAUUCCAAACUAUGGAAUUGCCCAUGUCCCCAGAGCCACCAGCGCUGCAUCACAGCAGGCAGCUGCCCAAGCACAGAAGCAAUCCAGCUUCUGCGCACACCACUCCUUCCACAGUGUGCCAAAGGGAAAUCAAAAAGUUUACAUCACUUGCUGGAGAAGGUGGCAGUUUGCUGUCCCACAAUCUUUUGUCACUGGUGGCAAUGUGGGGAAAAAAAACAGGUUUGUAAAAGCCAGUCAGAUUUGACCAGAUAGAACCCACAGAAUCACAGCAGCCCCAAAAAUCUGCAGGCCUGGUCUGAGUGAAAAAGGCAACUGUGUUACAUGAGCCCAUCAGUUCAUUUCCUAAGGUACUUCCACUACAGCGCCUUCUCACAGCCUGUUCCAAGAAGCUUACCAGCUCCAGUAUAUAAAAACCUUCAGGUCAAAUCCCAGUU